GAUCCUGAGGGAAGAGGGCCUUUCCCGGGCAGAGCGCGCUCUGACUGACUGAGCUCCGGGGUUCCCGGCUCCGGCAGGCCAUGCGGCGGCACGUCCCUGUGCACGCCCUGCCCGAGGAGAUUCAGAAGGUACGAAACGGGAACGACCGGCGAACCUUGUGGGGUCGGGUACUGCAGGAACGUCCUGUUGGCCUUUGAGCAUUGGUAACCACAGAGCGUGUCUUGGUCGUGGCUUUGUGUAGGAUGCAGCCUAGGUUUCGUCACAUAUGGAGCGUGGUUACAGGCAUUAGUAUUACGUGUGAUUCUGUAGGCAUGCUGUUGAGGAGCAUACUCACUGUAUGUGGUGCUGUUGCUGCCAGGUGAGGCUCCGGUUUUGUCCCACACGGCAUGUUCUGUGCCAUAAGUUUGGAAUGCCCACAUGUAAUCGUUCUAAAGAAGUGCAAAUGCGAUUAGGAACGGAACGUUCCACCUAAUCCUUCCUUUGUAUCUUCUCGUUGUGUGUGAGGGUGCUCUUUUGUUUGGGAUACCGAUUCCUUCCGAAGUAAUAAAGCUGCUGUUCAGCUGCUGUUCCUAGGGGGUAUCGUAUGGGCAGGCUGUGUGCACGUGGUGAUGCACACAAGUGGAACACGACUCACUUCUUGUUACGCUCUGAAGCUUUCACUUUGACGCUAAAACACCCAGCUGCCCUCUUUAUUUAUUUAUUUGUGUGUGUGUAUCUAAUAAUCAACAAGUAAUCUGAGCAUUUUCUAUGCUUAGGCUAGCAGAGCCUGGAUAAAUUCUUCCUGGAAUAGUCAAGAAUACUAUUGAGACAGUUUCUGAACCACCACUGAUGAUUUCAGAGAAUUCAGAGAUUGGGUAAGGUAGGCAAAGCAAGAGAAGGAGAGUACUUUGGCAAGGGAUGAACCUGGGAAGCUUACAGAGCCACCAACAAUUUUCUUGGCAGCAGGAAAGAUGCCAAAUAUUUUUGUUUAUUUAGAAAUCACUUUGCAAGCAUCAGCGGGAUAAGCUGGCUAGGAAAAAUCAGUGCAAGUUUCUCAACCAAACAAGUGUGCCAAGUUAAGAGAUGAGGUUGAGUGGAGGAUUGUUCCGGAUCCAGGACUGCUCUGUGCUUUCCCAUGACUUAAGGCUGUUGCUGGUGGCACUUCAGCCACCUGUCUUUCUCUUGGAUUGGUUCCUGAUCUAGUUCCCAGUCAGAGUGCUGUGCAUGUGCUGACAUGAGGAGGAGGCAGACGUGAGAACAGGCACAAACUGGGCAGGAAGAGGGUGACCUUAUUUCAUCCAGUGGGAUUGUCAGUGUUUGCUAGUUUUUGUUGAGCUUGGGUUUUAGCUUACGGUAAGGAAUACACUGGUGCCAAUCUGGGAGGGAUUGAGAGUGCUUUGUCUGCAGCAUUAAGAAUAUCUUAGUAAGAAUAGGGCAUAUUUGGAACAAAUGGGUCAGAUGCAUUAAUACAGAAUAUACAGUAUCUGAUUGAUCUUCCUUGACACUUUCCAUACUUAACACUGAGGUGUCAGUUGUCAGGUCAUAAGCAGAACAAUAUUGUCAAAGUUAUGUUCUCAUGAAGAAAACAAAUAUUCAGGAAGGUAUUAAUAGAGGAAUUGUGUGUGAAACUUGGCCUCAGUUAUCUUCUUAUCAGAGCUGCUGAGGUGUUGGUUCUGAACGGCAGACUUUAAGAGGAAUAACACUACUGAUGGGAGCUAGAAAGAGCAAAAGUGGCAAAGAGCUUAAAAGCUCUGUUCUUCUUGUAAGGGGCAAUAAAACUAGAUUUUCUUAUUAUAGUAGAUGCUUGAGGGCACAGUAACAGUAUUCACAUGUGUAGGAAGGCAGUGGCUGUCUUCCAUCUCCAGAUACAAAUUAAUCGUAUCUUCACUGUUCUAGACUUGCUUUGGUUGAAUGAGAGGAGCUCCAGAAUUUGGGGUAGUGAGCACUGGAGCAGCUCACCCAAGGAAGCUGUGGAAUUCCUCCUGUGGUGCUGCAGAGGGCAAUUAAAGCCAUUUUUGCUUUGGAGUGGAGCAGUGGGCAGACAAGCUCUUGAGUUCUGUUUCAGUUCUAUGGUGUACUGUUAACAAAAACAUCUCUGUGCAGAAGGUACAUUGGUGCUUCUAAAUACAAACAUGAGUAUUCUCAAGUUCCUGUCCCAUCCCACCCAGUCACCUCAACGUGAGAUACAUGAGUUCUAAGGCAGUGACAGGCCAAGAUUUUGGGAUCAGUUAAGAGCCGUGGUUUUACACAUCCUUUGCUGCUGCUGAGUUUCUUCACUCAGUUGAUUUGUGUUGUAGUUGCAGGAUAGUUACAAGAUAGGGGCUUGGUUACAAGACAUCCUCACAAUUUCCUGUAUGUGUAUUUUCUACCUUUUAUGUACACAUUCUUAUUCCCUUCACAUUCUCUGCUUCUUAGAUCUUAUAGCAUCUCCUUUGGAAUCUUUCUUUCAGUUUGCUCCUAGUGUAAGUAGGACUUGUGCCAGCUGUAGAUCAUUGUGCCAAACAGAGCACAUGCUCCCAACAUGUAGCUAACUGGCCAGUGAACCAUGUGUAUCCAGAGGGAGUACAUUAAGCACUGUGAUUUCUGCUGCAGAAUCAAGAAUGCUCGAGGCUAGGUGCUGGUUUGGGUUGUCUUGCUCAGCUGUGUGCUCAUGAGGUUGUAGUACUCAGAGCAGAUCAGAGUAAGGGAUGAGAGCAGAGCUGUCAUCGUUCCUCUCUUCCAUGCUGUGGGUGUGUGGAGCUUUGUGAGCUAUCUGUCAGCACUUUGAGCAGCGAUAUCAUUGCCUCCAAAACAAUGCUAUUCUGUAGGAUGUGGUGUUGAGGGAUAGGGAUACAGCCUAUCCUGCAGGCAGCUCAGAUGUCAGAGUCUGCCCGAGAGGAAGCCCUGUUGCAGUAAAGCCAUGGAUGUCAUAGCGGAAGCUGAAAUAAAUUGACUGUUUGCAGGCUGGGCCCAGCAGGUGUUGGCCCCUAUGUUUAUUAAAAUUUUAAAGGCUUUAAUCUAGAGGGGAAGAAGCCUCUUGGCAUUUUGUCAUUAAAUUAUAGACAAGGAGGGACUCAGUUGAUAAGAUCUUGAGGAAUCUUUGGCUUUGAAAAUCAUGUAAGAAUUUUAGAUGGCCCUGGUUCUUUGUCUCCCCUUUCUACUGCCUUCAUGAGAUCUCGUGCCAUAUACAUCGCAAGAUGAGUGCUAAAUGGGGGGGGGGAAGAAAACCCAGCAUCAUCCACAUGUCCUUUCAAUGUGAGUAGAUGGGAAGAUACAGUUUUUGUCAGUAUUUCAUCUCAGUGAAGUGGGAAGCAAAACUGCAGCCACCUACAGAAGAGGGUCAAGUGACACCCUGAGUCAUCAAAGUAGCAAACAAAGUUACAUCUCAUUUUAUGUUUUACUUGGCAAAUAGGUGAUCCUUACUUAAUACGAAUAACAAAAUUAAUUGGGCACGAGAUGUCCUUAAGUAUUAGUAGUUCUCAUCCUGAGAGCUUAAGAAAGUGAGCAAAGCAGGAGCUUCGAAGCUGUGUUGUACAUCAGUACAGGACGUUCCAUGGUAUUUGACUAUCCACAAAACGUCGUGUGCAUUGCUAGCAGCAAAUGGUUACUGAUUAGAUUGCCACAUGUGCUAUAGAUCGAGUGCACUAUGGUGUCUUUAUGAGCACAUUAUGCUAUGCUCUCCUUGCUUUUCCUUGCUUUCUUUGAAUUGGGAUUAUUUUUCUUUCCAUAGGUUCUUACGCAGUUCCAGCCGUGUUAAUUAGCUGAGGAAUCAAAUCUGUCCAUUGAGACUGACUUUGUAAAUGUGGUGCACAGUGUACUUAUGUGUAUAAUACUUGAAGCAGUGUUGAUAUCAACAGCAAUUUAGAGGCAGCAGUGUUUCUGUUCACGCCCUCUGGAUGAGCACAGUGAUGUAAUGUGAAUGUUCUCAGUGGCUGUAAUGUGCUUUGGAAAAGAUAGAAAAUUUCUGCUUAUUUUUGAUACAAGCCCAUAUAUUGCAGCGUAAAGAGAUGUGCAGCUCUGCUGGCUGAGCUGGUUGGCCGUGGGGCUGUGGUUGGUUUGGGCUAACUGGAUUAGCAACCUGCUUUGUUACCAGUGCUUAUUGGAGGAUUUGUAAGAGCAAUUCUUCUGAAUAUGGAUAAUGAUCUUUAGUUCUCGGAGUUCUGGAGUCACUGUGAGGCGUUUUGAUCUCUUGCUGUAGUUGUAUAGCAAGUCCAACAGGGCUGGGGCUGUACUCGCUGUGCUCAGGUGUUCCUGUCUCCUUUCCUCAGCCAGCAUCCAAGCAGGUUGCUGGGAGCUGGAGGGAUUACAGAAGCCCUUGCCUCAUGAGCAGUGCGGCCUGCACGGCACCGUGGGCAUGUGGUAGGUGUUAGCAGUGCUCGUGUGAGGCUCUGCUGUUACUUGCAGUGCUGUACGCUCUUUAUGAUUCAUUAGUCUGCUUUAAACGCAAGCAGGAAACCAUUAAAGCUACCUGAAAUAUGAGUAUUAUUUCCUGUUGUGGCAAACUAAUUAUCUCGGGGCAUAUUUUGAAUGAAAUGUUUGGAACUGGGGCAUUCUGUUUUUCCUGCAGUCCUUAGUGGUAUUUGUAUGUAUUCAAGGCAAGCACUGUGGCUUUUAUUUUACAUCUGCUGCUUUUAUGGAUGUUGAGUAAAUAAUUAUGUAUGCAGCACGGCUUAGCAUUGCGACCUGUAGUGGCUUAGCAUUGCAACCUGGAACUUUUGGACUUGAUGCUGGCUGCAAACUGCUCACAGAGAACGGUGCUUUUUUAAAGAAGUGAAACUUCUGCAGGGACUCUUAGAAUCCUUCAAUGAAAAAAUAGGUCAUUUCAAUCAGGUAACUCUUCAGUUUUGCAUAUAGAGCAGAAGACUCCACUGUCUUCCUAGAGUAUUAUUUGUGUGGCUGCCGUAACCAUUUCUUUUUGUGUGACAGAUCCUAGGUAGCAUGCGAGGAGAGGGAAAACAGUGAGAGAAAUGAAAGUAGCGUGGCAGAGGGGAUUAAAAUGAGAAGAAAGUGCAUUCAGGUAAUCAGGUCAAAUCAAGCAGGCAGAAUGAAACGACCAGUAUACAGGAAUAAUUUAAGAGUACCCAGCUGCAGUAUAAUGAAGUUCUGUUUUCUGGCAUUCUGUAUACCGUUCUGGUACAAGGGUACCUCGGACAAAUGCAGUGUUGUGUUGGUUCUGUUUGCUAUUGGGUCGGUUCUUGCUUCAGCAGCCUCAGCUUGCUGGGGCGGGUGGGGCAAUUAGUGUAGCAUUGUGUCCCAGAGGGGCACAGAGUGCUGCCAUUCCCCAAAGCUCUGCCUCCCUGCACUGCAGGAGUACGUAUGUGUGGUGCAUCUGCGCUCCUGGCUCUGUGCUUUCAUUUCAGUGGGCCACGUGAACAUAUUCCAAACUUCUUAAAUUAUCUCCCUGACUGAGGGCUUAAGGUCUUGCUUUAAGGAGUCACAGCUAUUUCUGUUUCCUUUUACUGGCUGUUUCCAGCAUCAGUGACACAUAUCCUGUGUGCCUUAAUGCCCAGGUGCUGCUGAGUCCCUAAGGAGACUGCUUUGCCUUUAAUGAGAACUUAGUUCUUCGUGUGAUUGUUGUCAGUGGAAUUGGAAAUACAAGCGGAAGAGAGCACAGUGCCCAAGUCAGUGCCUCCUGUAGCUUUUUGGUCAAGCAGAAAUGAUGUAGAUUCCCAUCCCACUAUUUCAGAAGCUUGAAAAGAGCUUGUUAUUCAAAGGGCUAAAAAUGGGCCAGACCACCAGUCUUUUUUUCCCCUUAUAACUUAUGCUGUCCGUAUGCUUGCAGUGUUGAGUCAGACAGAUGUGACUACCCAUCUCCACUGCUCCUGGGAGCUGAGAUCCAUGUAACCAUGGAGUAACAGGAGUUCUUCCAAAACUGAACACAGCUCUCAGUCGGAACUACUCCCACGGAUGCUGUAGUGGAACAGCUGCUGGAGUAGCGUAGCUCGGAGUGCUGCCUCGCGAUGUGGUUUGUUCUGGACGUAGCUCUCGUCCUUUAUAGCAUCUGGUGCAACGUAUGUCAGAGCUGUAGCUCAGAACCUUCCUUGUUCAAACACUUUGUCCUCAGUGAGUUUCUUUGUUUCUCUUUUUGUUGUUAGCACACAGUACUGUUCUGCUAAAUCAAAUAUCAGGGUUGUUUUUAGUAUCCCCCUGUUAUCUUUUGAUGUCCUAUUUGCCCCGAGUAUCCCUGUUCCGGGUGACCAAAACCACAAUAUUAAAUUACCUUCAAUCAGAUUUUAAAAAAUUGAUUUAUUUUUCUGUUCGUUCCUUGUCCUCACAGCGCCUUUUCUGGUUGCAGCUCUGAUCUUUUCGUUUUCUGUUCUUUCCAAACUGGAUUGUUUUUCUCUUAUCUCAAAUGCAAACAGGAAAAAGAUAAUGACAACAGUCCUUUGGUCAAAUGUAAAUAGGGAAAUAUGGAAUCAGAAAGCACAGAUCUCUUAGUGGUUACUCAGUGAUAAUCCCCUCCCAGAAGAGGCAGCUCUGUAAGCAAAAGAACUAAUGAAGGCAUAUUUCCUAUGUGCUUGUGCAUAGUGGCUGAUAAGCCUUGGUGCCUUGGGUACCAGGAAUGGUCUUGAGUGGGAUCUUAUCCUGUGCAGACCUGCAUAAGGUUCUGCCCUGCUUACAUUGCCUGCCCAGAGCUGAGCCGUGCACCAGAGCAUUCCUUAGUAAGGGAGCCCAUCAAGUCCUUCGUGCCCACCUGGCUGUCUGACACCUGUAGAGCCCCAGUACUUGUGCCCUCGGUGCCAAGGUUAGUGAUAAAUGACCAAACAUCCUGGUUCACAAAUGAUUGAAGGAUGACAACAAAGAAUUACGUGCACAAACAAAGCAGUAUUAUUUCUCUCAGAAAUUGUGCAAACCCCAAAUGCAUUUCAUUUGUAAGUCAUUUUGAAAGCGUGCUAAUGCUUUCUGGCUUCAACCUUUGAAUCAGUGGAGCUGUAAGAUGGCUUUGUCAUUAUGUUGGCAUGCUGAGAUCAGCACCUGCAGCACAGCAGUGUUCCUCUGUACUGCUGCUCCAGGAGAUGCUUCAGGUGCCAGCGAGGAGAGCUCUGGUUUGAUGGUGGCAAUGAAAACUAAGGAGAGCUCAGUGAACUGGUGUUGUGGUGGUGUUUUUCAGUCCUGGUACCCAGUGAAAUUUCUAUAGCUGUUUGUUUGAAAGGCAGCGGUGCUGCAGGAGUGCACGAUGUUCUUUGGGGGAUAAGAGCCCCCUCUCUGUCCUCCUUAUAACAGCUCAUUUUGUCCUUUUUCAAUAGAGUAAUUUUAGUGCUUUGGAACCUAAUGAUGUUUAUCCUGAGUAACAGUUUCAUAUUUCCAAGCACAGUUUGCAGCUGCCAGGAAAAACAAGCUUGAGUUUUCAGUUCAUUCAGAGCAACUGUAACGAGGGGUGUUUUAAACGGGGGCAAAACUUAGAAACUGGAAAAUAAAGUUUGGCCUGGUGAUUCCAGGGCAGCCUGAAAUAUCAUCCUUCUUCAUGCUGUAUCUAAAUCGUGGGGUGAUGGAUCUUCUCAUCGUUUGUUUUUGAGAGCUGUUUUCCUGCCUCUGAGUAUUGCUUAUUUCCAUUUAUCCCAGUGUUUCAAAAUGUCCUUAUUUUAAUUUUCUAGAGCAGAAGGAAUUCUUAUAUUGUACUUAUUUAACUUAAACUGUUUGCAUCUUUUUUUUUUUUUUAAACUUUUUGUAAGGCAUUUUGUUAUAAAACUUGUAACUGCUGAUAAUUGUAUGGUAGGUUGAAGGGUGCUGUAGAUGACUAUUAGACAAACAACUACAGCUCUGGCUGCCAUCAGUUUCCAACUGCCAUACCUCAAAGCUUGCCCGUAACUUUCUGUUGCUUGGAAGUUGUGGAAGUUGUCCCUUUAGCUGUGCAAUGAGUGUCUUCUGCUCCAGUCAUAUUGCUGACUGUUUCCUCACAAAUACAUCUGUGCUGUGAUCCAAGAACGGGGCACGUUCCAGGAUGGCAGAAUGAGAGCAGCCCGGGCUGGGAGGAGUCUGAGGAGAUCCCUCAGCACAGCCUUUGGUCACAAAGCGAGCCUGAAGGGACAGGGAAUGGAAUCCUGCCUGCUUGUGUCCUGCUCUGUGCUGAUGUCUCGGGAUCAGACGGUGUGUCAGUACUGUGGUGUCAGCUACUUGAUACUUCAUGAAUUUAAGGUGAUGGAAGAAAAAAUAAAAGCAAUGGAAAAGGAGAUUAAGUUUUAUGAAGGAAGUAUAGAACGGGAAAAAGGACUUCAAGAGGAAUUGCAGUCUCUUUACCAAGACCUUGAACGCUGCCGAGCUGAUGGGAAAUCUAAAACAGAAAGAAUAACAAGCCUAACAAUGGAGUUAAAAACCAAACAAGAUGAACUAAAAAAUGUGAAAGAAGAUUUGCAGUAUUUCCAGGAAGAAAAGGAAGCUGCCCAUAAGCAGUCCCAGGUGCUCAGAAGUACGUUGGAACACCAUUGCUCAACUCUGAGCAGGGCUGUCUCUCUGUUUCCUUUCAUCCGAAGAGAACUAGAAAGUAUUAAAGAAGUUGUGUCCAGUAACCUAGAGAGCUGGGCUGCCCUGAAAGAAGAAAUUUUUCAGCAAAUAAGAACUGUUAGCAAAGAAGCUUUGACAGAAAUACCCAAACUGAAUCAAAAGUUAGCAAAAUCCCAGAGGGAGAAUGAGUGCCUUCAGGAAAAGGUAAAACAUCUGACUCUGGUGGCUGAUACGGUUGAGCUGAAAACUCAACAGCUUCAAACUUCUCUUCAGCAAGGGAGUGAGCUACAAAGCAGGUGCCAUGAGCUACAAAAGGAAACAUUAGAUUUAACUAAUCAAGUAGAGACCACUGAACACAAGCUGCAGAAGGUAACAGCUGAGAUGGAUCACUACAAAAAGCUGCUAAUGGUGAAAUCAGCAGAACUUGAUGUGUGUCAAAAUGAACUGAAAAAAAUGAAAAAUGAAAAUGGAAUUUCUGAGUCACGACUUGCAAAAGAGCUUAAGGAAAAGGAAGAAUCUCUACUGAUUUGCCAACAAGUAUGCAAACGUUUGCAGGAAGAGGUGGCUGAGAAGGAGAGGAGAGAAGGAGAUCUAAGAAGAAGAACCAGUCAAUCAGAAAGUGAACUGGAAACGCUUAAAGCUCUUCUCACACAAACAGAGGAAGAAGUGGUGAUGUUGAAGCAAGAAAGGGAGUUAAUGCUGAUUUCUCAUCAGAACAGAACAGAACAGCUGCAGGAAACAUUAAGGCAGAAGAUACGGAAUGAAGAUAACUGGAGGGAGAAGGUGGAGAUUGAUCUGGCCAAAGGUGAAGCACGACACAAAGAAGCAAUUCUCAAAGUCAAAGAAGAAGCCAGAGUGGAACUAGACACUGAAAGACAAAAGCAGCAAGAACUGAUCACAAAAUAUCAGAGAGAUCACGAAGAGCUCCAGAAGAAGAUACCUGAAUUAAUAUCCAGUGCCACCAACAGCUUACGGAUGGAGGCAGAAAUCCUUGAAAAGAAGCUACAAGAUGUCCAGAUCAAACUUGCAGAGAAAGAUGAAGAGAAAGAAAAAGAAAUUCAGAGCCUUAAAAGGCUGAUUACUGAACUUGAAUUUCAGCUGAAGGUGGAACAGAACAAUAACGAAUCAUUACUGGAUAAUAUGAGGAAAGAAAUUAAACACAAGUCAGAUGAACUGGAAGAAUUAACCCAGGAGAGGACGCAGCUGAUUCACAGUUUGAGUCAAGUGCAAGAGGAGAACACUCUUCUCCAGGAAACGGUGCGCAGAGAGUGCGAGGAACGCUAUGAGCUGACUGCAGCUUUGACUCAAGCCAGGGAACAAGUACUGCAACUCAGAAAGCUCAGUGGAAACUUCCCGUUAUCGCCGCGUUCCCUGGCUCAGGGCAGCCUAACCUCCUCUGCUGCCCUGCGUGCUGAUUACGGACACAGCAGCCGCCCCGGCCCAGGGAGGGCCAUCCAUCCCUCUGGGCAGGUCGGUAUUCCCCGCGCUGUGCAGGCACCCACUGGCAGGCCCAGCAGUAUGACUUUGCCAGCUCUCAGAGGCCGGGAGACCUCGGCCAGGAGAAGGCAGCGGAGCCAACUCUGACACGUGGGGAAGCUCUGCAAUGUGUCAGCCACCAAACUGUCAGCCCUGGGCAUCAGGUGUUGCCCGAUGAACUUCAUGCAUUUCUACAGCUGAGAAUUAAGUUACAUUCUGAUAUAUUUUUGAUGAAUAAUGUUUAUUCUUCCGUUGCAUAUCAGUGUAAUUAAAUGCUAUCUACGUUCCAAGACGGGAAAAGUAAGAAAGAAAAAACAAUUGCCUCUCCAAAAAAUGCACGUAUACAAGAAGUGUAAUUAAAAUAAUUACCAACUUCAAAUGCUGUUCUCCCUAAAGCACCUUGUUGGAAUUUUCCCAUUCUGUGUGUUGUCCCUUGUAACUUCAUUGUGCAUUUUUGGCGUAAAAAUGCAAUGUGUUUGGUUAGAACCAGAUGUAUGCCAUUAUUGCACGGAGCAGUGUGCCCCCAUUGCCUGGGCAGCCACCCCCAGAGACUGCAGCCAUGUUCCCCACAGCACCAGCACGGACCUGAGCUACUCAGUGGGGGAGAAAUCCUGGCUUCUUUGAGCUUGAAAGCUGUUAUUCUGUUACCCACCUGCAGUCUUCCUGUGCUGAAGGAGACGACCUUCAUUGAGGCAGCUCUUAAAAUGGAGCGAGCCACAAAUCUUCCGAAGCUGCAGUUUUCCAUCUGGAACCUUGAAUUGCUGCUGAGUUAAGAAAGCCCCUGGUGUGAGCUCCAGAGCUUUUGUCCAGAGACAGAAGAGGUUCUUGGGCAGAGUGGAGUGUGGGAAUUCAGAACUGAAUGGAUGUGUUGAUACAGGAGGUGUUCUGGGCAUGAUGCCUGUUCGAUGGCAUGAGGAAAUGGCACCGACUCAGGUCUGAGCAUUCACUCCAAGCUGCAGCACAGCCUCAGUUCUGACAAAGAUACGGAUUGGCAGCAGUGACAGUUUGGAAUCCAAGCAGAAGGCACAGCUGCAUGCAGCAGACUUGGGACAUUUCACUUUCCAUUUCUUGCUGGCUGCAUCCCUACAGGGUUUGAUAAGCUGCGUGCUGCUGCUGAGCCUUCCAAGGAGCUCACCAACAAGAGCGUCGAUUACAGUGCAUGCAAAGAAACCACCUGCGAUCUGAGGCCAGCAGCACAUGUGAAAGAUGGCUCAAUGUGCUCUUCUGCUUGAAGCUGGCUGAGGACACCUGGGCAGAUGAGAGCAAGCAGAGCAUGGAGUAUGCUGGCCCUUCUCCACGUGGGAGCAGUUACUUAGGAUAAAUCUGGGAAACAUGGUCCUUGAUAGCAAGGUUGGCUGAGAGGCACUGAGUCAGCAGCACGAUGUGGAGAUGAAACAUACCUGCAGAAGGGCGUUUUGGAAAGUCCUGCAAUUCUGCCAGAACUGCGCGUGAUGGAGGAUAAUGAGUCCUUCUAAAAAUAGCAGCAGCACCUCCUCAGAGGGUUACUGGGGCAGCUGCUGGAGCUCAGAAGAGGCUGUAAUUCAUAUGCUGAAGCCACACAGGGACGUUUGGGCUUUGUAAUUCCUGUGCCAUAAAGCAAAAGAAGCAAAAGUUGUAUCUGAAGAGCCCACAGAAAUUCAGAGGAUGAGGACAUUCCACUCCUGCUGUGCUCGUCAUGGAAGGAAGCACCACUGUAACCCAGGGGAUGGCACUGAGGAUUCUGUUGGCGCACACAGCACACCUUGCAG